AUUAUAUUCAAUCAUAGGAAUAGAAGCUAGUUACUGCGGUGCUACAGCCACAUUGUCCCUGAAUGAAAACAUCGUAGGACAGAUAAAUGGACCAAUUAGUUUUUAAACCACCAGGUAGUCUCCCUAGCUCUGCAGGGUCUGCGAGUUCAGACAGUGACAAAGACAAUGAACUAGAAGUGGACACAGGCUCUGAUGAGCCUUUUGAGGAGUCUGUGACCCCCCCAAGGACACCCACUAAAACUGUGCCCCCAAAGAGCCCCGUAAAGACAACACCUGGGAAACGUAGGAGCAGGACCACUAGUUUAAGUGCCACAAAGUCUGCUGCUCGUGUAGUGACGUCUGGCAAUCGAACUAUAUACACAGCAGGAAGACCACCAUGGUAUAAUUCUCAGGGAGAGUUGAAGGAAGCUUUUGUUAUAGGACUGUGUGGAGGCAGUGCUUCAGGGAAAACUACAGUAGCCAAAAAGAUCAUUGAAGCUCUUGAUGUUCAGUGGGUCAGCGUACUUAGCAUGGAUUCUUUUUACAAGGUAUUAACAAAAGAACAACAUGAAGAGGCUGCAAGAAAUGAGUACAACUUUGACCAUCCAGAUUCAUUUGAUUUUGACCUGAUGGUUCAGACUCUGAGGCGUCUCAAGUAUGGAAAGAGAGUGGAUGUUCCAAUAUACAAUUUCCAAACACAUGCCAGGGAAAAGGAAAAGAAAACUCUUUAUGGUGCUAAUGUAGUUAUAUUUGAAGGAAUUAUGACAUUCUGUAAUAAACAACUGCUGGAGUUAAUGGACAUGAAGAUUUUUGUGGACACGGAUUCAGAUGUAAGGCUUGCCAGGAGAUUGAAGAGGGAUAUCACAGAACGAGGUAGAGAGAUUGAGGGGGUUCUGAAACAGUACCACAAAUUUGUGAAACCAGCCUACGACCACUAUAUAGCCCCCACCAUGGUCCAUGCUGACAUUAUUGUUCCAAGAGGAGGAGAAAAUAAGAUAGCUUUGAAUCUCAUUGUAACCCAUGUCCACAACCAAUUACAACAGAGAGGCUUCAUGUUCCGUUCUAAACUGGCCAAUGCCCAGUACGAAGGCCAGCCACUUCCCAGUACUCUUUAUGUUCUAGAGAACACAUCACAGGUUAAAGGACUGCACACAUUCAUUAGAAACAAGAAGACUUCAAGAGAUGAGUUUAUCUUUUAUUCCAAGCGUUUGAUGAGGUUGCUUAUAGAAUAUGCACUGUCCAUGCUGCCACACAAAAAAGUGGUGGUGGACACUCCCCAGGGCAUUCCUUAUGAAGGCAUGAAGUUGGAUGAUAGCAAGGUGAAAAAAGUUUGUGGUGUGUCAAUAUUGAGGGCUGGAGAAACAAUAGAGCCUGCACUGACUGAGGUACUCAAGGAUAUCAGGCUGGGAAAAAUACUCAUACAAACCAAUCUGGACACUGGAGAACCUGAGCUGCACUAUGUCAGGCUGCCGAAGGACAUAAAAGACUACCAUGUAAUCCUAUCAGAUGCUACUGUGGCAACUGGGGCAGCUGCCAUGAUGGCUAUAAGGGUGCUUUUGGACCAUGAUGUUCAGGAAGAAAAUAUUAUGUUUCUGUCUUUGGUUAUGGCAGCUCAAGGUGUCCACACAGUUGCCUAUGCAUUCCCCAAAGUGAAGAUAAUCAGCACAGCUGUGGACCCAGAUGUCAAUGAAGAUUUCCACAUUUUGCCAGGGAUAGGAAACUUCGGUGAUAGAUAUUUUGGAACAGAAUUAUAAUGCCAAGUCAAGUUUUGUGUGUGUGCGUGCGUGUGUGUAUGUGUAGGGAAGUCAGCUUACAAAUAUAUACCCUGAAAAUAACAAAUGCAGUUCUUGAUCAAUAUUUUAACAUUAUUUCAAACCUACUACUACAUGUAGAAAUUUACUGUGCUGUGUAGUUCACCUGUUUGCAGUCUUCCUUUUUGAGAGAUCUGAUUAGAAUAAACUGGAUACAAAAAGCAGCAAAACAGUGAUUUUAUCAAGGAAAAUAUCUGCCUCAUGAAAAAUCUUUAUUUUCAGUUUAAAGACAAUUUAUAUUCAAGUUUUUAUUUGUUGGUCAAUCUCGAGACUGACUAGAGGCCUUAGUUAGCAGUCAGGGUACUGACCAGUAUAUGUCCAGUACAGUUACACAGAAAUAAUGCAUGUUAAAUGCUACUCUAGCAAACUGCCCAGCAUGCUUUUAUUUUUAGAAUUUUGUUGUUUAAGAAGUGGUAUCUUUUAUUUAAUCUUUAUUAUUUAUGUUGUAGCAUUUUGAUUGGUAUUGCAAUGAAAAGAUUUAGAAAGCCCACCAUAUGAAUAUACUUUGAUCAUUACACUGAAGUAGAAUACAUUAUGUGAAAUAAUGAUAAUUUAGUAUAUUUUCAAAAUGAAUGGUCAGUAAAAGAUUUUGAUAAAAUCUCCAAAGUGAAUUGCAGAAGUAAGAAAGCAUGGAAUAGAUGCAUACCUCCAAUACCCUCAAAAGCAGCAUUCAGAACAGUGGACUAACUAGUCAGUGGGUCAAAUAUGGCGACCCACUAAAAAAGCUUGCUGUCUUAUCAGCUAAGGGUGCAUACCCAGAGAUUUAGAUCGAUCCAAAGAUUUAGAUUUAGAUCGACCUAACUCCCCGGGGGGUUCACGCUAAA